AUGGCGGAAAGACAACAAAAAGCCUGGGCAGUGGACAGUGAGGAUGAAAAUACUGAGGAAUCUCGUCAGGCAGAAGAUACAGAUUAUUCUGACGAGGAGGCUGAAUCUGGACCCGAUGACGAGGGCGAAUCUCCAUCCAAUUCUGAUGCAGAAUCCUCUUCCAAUUCCUCAAAAGUUCCUCCAUUCUACCUUGGGAAAGACAAAACGACGAAGUGGUCGACAAAAUUUCCUGAUGCCAAUAAAACUGAGAAACGCAAUGUUUUUACUGAGACUGCUGGAGUAAAAAGACCUGCGAAAGGGGCCAAAACGGAAAUCGAGGCCUGGCAGCUGUACUUCUCUGAUGACAUUAUUCAAAAAAUAGUUGACCACAUCAAUGUCAAAUUGAGAGUUCUAAGAGGUAAUUGUCAACGUCCAAGGAGCUGUUCGGACACUGACGUGGAAGAGAUGAAAGCUCUCUUUGGAUUACUUCAUUAUGCCGGUACCUUGAAGGUAGCACACAUCCACACAAGGGAUUUAUGGGCCACAGACGGCACGGCCCCUUCAAUUUUCAGAUGUGUGAUGAGUGAAUCUCGUUUCUGUUUGCUACUUCGUGCUUUACGUUUCGAUGAUGCUGAGUCUAGAGAAUCUCGGAGGAAGACUGAUAAACUUGCACCAAUCCGAGAGAUCUGGAAAGAGAUGGUCCACAAAUUCAAAAAAAUGUACUGCCCAGGAGAACUCAUUACGUUGGAUGAGAUGAUGUUCGGGUUCAAGGGACGAUGCAGUUUUAGACAAUAUUUACCCCUCAAACCAAACAGUUAUGGAUUGAAAGUUUUUGCGGUUCUGGAUGCUACGACGUAUUAUACAUGUAACGCUGAAAUUUACCUAGGUAAACAGACACCAGGACGCCAUGCAGUUGACAACAGACCGAGUGCAGUAGUGCCAAGAUUGACGAGGCCCUACCUCAAUAACGGGAGGAAUAUCACAACAGACAAUUGGUUUAGCUCAGUACCUACUGUUGAUGAUCUCAAGGACAAUUUUGACACAACGUGCGUGGCGACUUUGAAGAAGAACAAGAGAGAGAUUCCACCUGAAUUUGUAACACACAAAGGUCGUUCAGUCAAUUCAACACUAGCUGGUUAUAACAAAGGCAAAGUAUUGAUAUCGUAUGUUCCCAAAAAGAGUAAAAUUGUAGUUCUUCUGUCAUCUAUGCAUACAUCAGCGGCCAUUGAUCCAGCGUCAGGAGCGAAGAAGAAGCCAGAAAUUAUCACUUUUUACAACUCGACAAAGGGAGGGGUUGACACAACUGAUCACUUGAGAUCCAAGUACAGCAUAGUUAGAUAUUGUUGCAAAUGGCCCCUCACUGUAUUUUUUGGUAUCAUGGAUAUCGUGGGAAUUAAUUCGCAGAUCGUUUUCGCGGAGCACACUGGGGUUAAAGUACCACACAAACAGUAUUUGAAGACCAUUGCUAAAAAUUUAAGUGUUCCAUGGAUGCUCAGACGUUUGAAGAUACCAAAUUUAAGAAUUGAUCUACGAAGUUCAAUUAAGAAAUACGCUGGUCUCAAUACAGACAUUGAAAGCUCCUUGAACGAAGAGAGAGGCAGGUGUUAUUAG